UAGGAACCAAAGAACGAGACGUCAAAGAGAAAAACCAUCAACAAUGAGGAUUAACAAGACAGUUACAAUGUCACAGUUGUGCUCUGGUGGUGGGCCAAGACGUUUAAGGGGUUCCCCAGACAUUCAAGUCGCUGGUGGGCGCAAGAGACAAGGCUUCGGAGCCGUCGACUGGCGGCAUGCCGGUGAGACCUUCUGUCAUGAGUUUUGUAUAUUCUUGGUUUUGUUCUGGCCCGAUGGUCAGGAUCAUCACCCACCCCUUCCAUCCCACCCGGCAUUCUCGUCUUCCCGCACAUGCUGCCAUGCAGCCAUGCAGCCCGGCUGCUUCCCCAUCACCAACCCCACGCAAACCCUCAGGGGUGCGUCUUUCUUUGACACUUGACCACUCAUGGCAGUCACUUCCAGGGAUGUCGUACAUCAUCAUUGCCCCCCCCUUCGAGGUACCUGCGGAUACUUAGUCCAUGUCCCGCCUCCUCAUGGGUCCCUGUUCAUCUACUCUUCACCUCCUUCCUCACCUCACUCUCAACAACCUCGUUCCUUCUUCCAAAGACCCCCAGACGCUGCUAGGCUGCCUGGUAAAGAACUUGACGAGUUUCUGGUCUUCGGUCAAGAGGUGUAUUUGACCCUCACCACCCCCUCCCCCCUCCUCCCCCACAUCACUUUGUCAAAGACUAUUCAUUGACAUCGUUGGUCUAUCUCUGGUUAUCAACAUUGCUUUCUUGGAAUGCUCUAUAGCAUUUGGCAUAGCUGUUUAGCAUCCGAACUAGCCUGCCAGAACAGCUAUUCUGGUCUCCCCAACUGGUGUCCGACAACCUCUGCACCGGCUGUGCCACAGUUUCCACCAUUUCAGAUACGUAACCACUAGUUCUUAGCUCAGGAAGAAAUCCGAACGUGCCUAGUGCAUGCUUGUUUAUCGGACUACGACUCAACCAAGUUCAGAUAGAAGUCAUUCACGAGCAACCAUGACGGUCUCAAAAGCACCCCAGAACAUCCUCAUUCACAUCAUCCGCCGUGACCUUCGGACGUCAGACAAUCCCCUCUUCCAUGCUGCGGCUACCGCACCAGAUGAGGAGAAGUUCGAUGCCUACCUCCCUCUGUAUGUCUUUGAUGCCCAGCAGAUCGAUGUGUCGGGGUUCAUCCAUUCUGCUGGUGCAACGAACCCGUACGGGUCACCUCGUAGCCAGGUAGCUGGCUACCACCGCUGCGGGCCUCACCGGGCCAAGUUUCUUGGCGAAGCUGUCUGGGACCUCUCAGAGACCUUGAAGGAGCUCAAGUCUGGCCUUUUCAUCCGUGUGGGCAGAAUUCCUGAUGUGGUCGAGACGCUGGUCAGUGAAUUGGCCAAGAAAGAUGCCAGAAUCGGCGCUGUCUGGAUGACCAGCCAUGAGGGCAGUGAGGAAAAGGCGGACGAGAAGGCUGUGGCUUCCUUGUGUAAAAAGGUUGGGGCCAAAUGGAAGCUUUGGGUGGAUGAAAAGUACUUCAUUGACGACCGUGACACGGGUCUUGAAUCCAUCGACAAGUUGCCCGGUGUCUUCACAGAGUACAAAAAGAAGCAGCUGCCCCUGCGCGAGAAGCCUCGUCCGGUUCUUCCGCCUAUCGAGAAGGGUUCACUGCCGCCUCUCAUUGAUGCCGCCCUAGUCGCCCCGCAGUCCUCCCCCUUCCAUAUUCCUGAUUCACUCGAUCGCCUGGUUGAGUUCCUGGUUGCGCCCGUGAAGGACUUCCUCCCGAACAAACCCGAGUAUCCAAAGGGUGCAGAGUCUGCACACCCCUACCAAGGAGGCGAGCACGCCGCCCUCCAGCGGCUGAAGGACUUGAUCAGCUCCGGAGCCGCCACCACAUAUGACACGACUCGCAACGGCUUGCUUGGAACCGAGUUUAGCACCAAGCUGUCUGCCUUUUUAGCCCAGGGCUGCAUCACGGCCCGUCAAGUUCAUGCCGCAAUGGAUAGCUUCGAACGUGGUACUGAUCCCGCCUUCAAGGACGUUGAGGGCUUUGGUGCGUUGAUAAAGGAAGAAGGUAUGUCUGAAGACGAGGCACAGAACACUGGAAUGGAAUCCAUCCGGACCGAACUGUUGUGGCGCGAUUACAUGAGACUCUGUCACCAGAAAGACGGGAACAGGUUGUUCCAGUUGACGGGCACGUUGAGGUAUAAAUUGGACCAUGCCGCCGACAUGAUGGAUGGCAUGGCUAGCAUCACCGCCCAAAACGGCCACAACAGCGAGAACAGCGACACUGGCGACAACGGCGCAGCCAGCGCAGCCAGCGACGGUGACGGGAGUGCUCAGGAGAAAAAGUUGAAAUCACCCGACAAGGAGAGAGCGCGGCCUCAACAGGGCAGCGGCAUCAACGAGAGUCUUCUGGCGAAAGAGUGGAAGUCGGCUGACAAGGAGAAGGCUUUGCCUCGGCAGUCGCCUACCGCUGAAGAAGUAGCGAAAAUCUUGGAGCGCUUCAAUCUCGGCACCACGGGCAUGGGACUGAUUGACGCUUCGCAGCGCGAGUUGCUACACACGGGGUACACGUCCAAUCGCGCCCGACAGAAUGUGGCGAGCUUUUUGGCGAAACACCUCGACAUUGACUGGCGAUACGGGGCAGAGUGGUACGAGAUGUUGCUGGUUGACUAUGACGUGUCGUCGAAUUGGGCCAACUGGCAGUACGUCGCUGGUGUCGGCAACGAUCCCCGUGGCCACAUGCGAAUUUUCAACCCGGUCAAGCAGGGUUUUGAGUAUGACCCGUCCGGGUCCUAUGUCCGAACAUGGAUCCCCGAAGUGAGCGGGUUGGAGAAGCUGGAAAAUGCUUUUCAACCUUGGACUGCUUCGAAGGAGGAGCUCGAGAAGACGGGCCUGUCAGGCAAUGACAUGGUUGCGAACCCGGUCAAGAGGAUCCAGUUUGUUGUCGAAGGCAAGCCGAGAACCAACAAGAAUGGUGGCUUCCGAAGAGCACUCGCACGCGGCAACCCGUCCAAAGCCUCUCAAGCGAAUGGGAACGGCUCCGGCUUUGGAAACGGCUCCGGAAACGGCUACAGGAACUCACAGGACGUGCGGACGGAUGCACCGGUUGUCAAUGGUACCACUAGAGGGCCUCGUGGGCGGGGAGGAUUUCGUGGGUUGUUUGGAGGACCUCCCAGGGGUUCUUUGGGAGGCGGCCGCGGGGGCUUCCAUGGCAACACCAAUGGUUCACCCAGCCCUGCGGCAAACCAGGGCAAUGGGAAUUUGGCGCCCGGCUAUGGAAGAGGCCGAGGCGGCGGCAGACGUGGUGGAGGUGGUGGUUAUGGUGCACCUCCCCGGGGAGGCGGCCAAAAUGGGUAUUUUCCUGCCAAGAUGCCUCGAGUCAAUGGCAGUGGCAAUCACGAUCAGGUCAAUGGAAAUCAAAAUUAG